UAACAAGACACGUCUCUUUUAUUUCUCUUUUUUCUUUUAGUUUUUUUUUUUUUUAAAUUGGUUUGUACUUUUUUUGGCCACAGAUUGGUUAGUGGAUAAGUUUUUUUUCUUUCUUUUUUAGCCAACAACGAACGCUUUUAUUUAUUUGUUUAUUUAUCUUGGUCGGAGGAGGAGAUGUGGAGGAGAGAAAUGCUUGGUUGUUGCAAGGUUUAUAUAUCUGAAGCGCGGAACAAGACUGCCCUUGAAGCUAUCGAGAUAGCCGCAAAGCAUUAUUUUCCACCAGCCGCGAUUGUCAACAAGUUUGAAGACGCUGCUUAUGGCAGGGUUGGGUACACUCUUGUCUCCGCUCUAGCUGACGCGGGGUCAUCAUCUUCUCCCCUGAAGAGUGCGGUCUUUGCAAUGGUUAAGACUGCUCUCGACGCGAUCAACCUCGAGUCGCAUUGUGGUUCUCAUCCUCGGCUUGGAGUGGUCGACCACAUAUGCUUUCACCCUUUGUAUGAGACCUCUAUCGACCAAGUUUCUUCCGUUGCCACUUCCUUGGCAAGGGACAUCGGAUCCAUUCUCAGGGUUCCUACAUAUCUAUAUGGAGCAGCACAUGAGGAGCAUUGCACGCUGGAUUCGAUAAGAAGGAAGCUGGGGUACUUCAAGGCGAACAGGGAGGGACAUGAAUGGGCAGGUGGGUUGGAGCUGGAGGUGGUUCCUGUCAAGCCAGACGCAGGGCCACAGGAGGUGAGCAAAGCCAAAGGGGUUGUAGCGGUUGGGGCGUGCGGGUGGGUCAGUAACUACAACAUGCCAGUCAUGUCAACCGAUCUCAAGGCGGUGAAGAGAAUGGCGAGGAAGGCAAGCGAGAGAGGAGGAGGCUUGGCUUCGGUGCAGACGAUGGCUCUGGUGCACGGGGAAGGAGUGAUAGAGGUCGCUUGUAACUUGUUGAAUCCAAGCAUAGUCGGAGGAGAUGAAGUUCAGGGACUGAUCGAGAGGCUUGGCAGAGAGGAAGGUCUGAUUGUGGGAAAAGGGUAUUAUACGGACUAUACAGCCGACCAGAUCGCUCAAAGGUAUAAGGAGUUGCUCAUCGUUUGAUAUAAAUACAUGAGUUGUUUGUGUUCAAGAUGAGAAAUUUUAAAGUCAAAAACAAUAUGUUGUCAUUCCCAACAUCCAUCUUAUAGAAUAUUAAUUAGAUUUUGUGGUUGUGUAUUUCUGUAUUGUAUCAUGAUGAGCAUAAAUUCAAACUAGCAGAUA